GCAGCUUGGGUUGUUGUAGCUUUAAGAGCAGAGUGAAUGUGAUGCUUCUACGUCAUCGUAAUCCUUGCUAGCUCUGCUUUUUUUCACUCCAUCUCCCUCUGUGUGUGUGUGUGUGUGUGUGUGUGUGUGGUGGGGGGCCGGGGUUCAGUGCAUUGGCAAGUGGGCGCACACAGAGGAGAGUGUGCCUGCUGGCUUACAGUGAACGGUGAGUCAGCUCCCAGCUAAAACCCUCCCUUCCCCCGCUGCAACAGCAGCAAAAAAAAACCCAGCCACAAUGAGAGAGAAAUCCAAGCUGUGAUCACAGCCAGCGGAGAGGCUUGCUCUGGGACAAAUUCUGCAGCAACCGCUGUGUGGACGAGUCCUCUUCUCAGUCUCUUCUCAUUGCUUUGUAUCUUGUGUUCCUGGCCACUCAGCCCCUCGCUCUCUUGUUGUGAACCAUCCCUCAAGGUGUUGCAUUGCACUAGCCAGAUGUGCUCUCACCUGCACCCUCUGCAGCUAUAUGGCUCCUGCAAGAAGAAUCAAAACUUUGCUCACCGUCAACAUUUUGUUUUUCCUCGGCAUCGUGCUGUUCUCGGUGUACUGCCGGAUUUCCGAGCGUCCCGAGGAGCUGGUUCAGAUCUCAGACAGCAGACUUCGAAGCAGGACUGGCUCCCAGCAGCUACUGAAGGACAGGGAUAACAUCCUGCAGCGCCUGGACCAUCUGGAAGAUGUGGUUUACAACCAGCUCAAUGGACUCGCUAAACCGAUUGGACUGAUGGAGGGACCUGGUGGCCUAGGCCAGGGAGGAGUUGCUGCCACUAUGAGAGACGAGAGUCGUGAGUUUGAUGCUAAAUAUGAAGAUUACGGCUACAAUGCUCAGCUCAGCGACAGGAUAUCACUCGACAGGUCGAUACCAGACUACAGACCACAAAAGUGCAAACAGAUGAUGUACCAGAGCCACCUCCCUCAGAUCGCUGUGGUCUUCAUCUUUGUGAAUGAGGCUCUGUCGGUCAUCCUGCGAUCAGUGCACAGUGUUGUGAAUCACACGCCUCCGCAUCUCCUCAAAGAGGUCAUCCUGGUCGAUGAUAACAGUGACAGUGUGGAACUGAAAAUCAAUCUGGACCAGUAUAUCAACAAGAGGUACCCAGGGCUUGUGAAAAUAGUUCGGAAUAGCAAGAGGGAAGGGCUGAUUCGAGCCAGAAUCCAAGGCUGGAAGGUAGCAACUGCACCAGUGGUUGGAUUCUUCGAUGCUCACGUUGAGUUCAACGUUGGCUGGAUCCAACCAGUCCUGAGUAGAAUCAAGGAAGACCGCACUCGUAUCAUUCUGCCAGCAAUAGACAACAUUAAGUACAACACAUUUGAAGUGCAGCAGUAUGCUAAUGCAGCCCACGGCUACAACUGGGGGCUGUGGUGCAUGUACAUCAUCCCACCACAGGAUUGGCUGGACAAGGGAGAUGAGACUGCACCCAUCAGGACCCCUGCAAUGAUUGGCUGUUCGUUUGUGGUUCAUCGCGAGUACUUUGGAGAAAUUGGCCUUCUUGAUCCUGGCAUGGAGAUUUAUGGCGGAGAGAAUAUUGAGCUGGGCAUGAGGGUCUGGCAGUGCGGGGGCAGCAUGGAGGUCCUGCCAUGCUCACGAGUGGCCCACAUCGAGCGCACAAAGAAGCCAUACAACAACGAUAUUGAUUACUAUGCCAAGCGUAAUGCCCUGCGAGCUGCUGAGGUCUGGAUGGAUGACUUCAAAUCACAUGUCUAUAUGGCAUGGAACAUACCGAUCAAUAAUCCAGGAGUCGAUUUUGGCGAUGUUUCUGAUAGAAUUGCACUGCGCAAAAGGUUGAACUGUCGGAGUUUCAGAUGGUACAGAGACCAUGUCUAUCCUGAAAUGAGGAUCUACAACAACACCAUCACCUAUGGAGAGGUACGAAACAGCAAAGCGAGUGGUUACUGCUUAGACCAAGGCUCAGAAGAAGAUGACAGAGCUAUCCUGUACCCAUGUCAUGGCAUGACCUCUCAGCUGGUCCGUUACACCACUGAGGGGCUUCUGCAACUUGGACCCCUAGGAUCAACAAAUUUCCUGCCUGACACCAAAUGUUUAGUCGACGACAGAAGAAUCAAAUCCCCAAGUCUCAGAAAAUGCGACGAGGUGCCCAGAGCAAACCAGAAACUCUGGGACUUCACACAGAAUGGCCCGAUUAUUAACAGGGACACAGGACAUUGCUUGGAGGUGGAAAUGACCAAGGAUGCUAACUUUGGCCUGCGAUUAUCACUGCAGAAAUGCUCUGGGCAAAAGUGGAUAAUCAGAAACUGGAUCAAACACAUCAAGCACUGAGUGCUGAUGGGAUUUAUUUGCUGCAUCCCAGUGUAUCUUUGUAUAUCUACUUCCACGUGACAUUGUAAUGUGUAACCAAGCAGCCGUGAGACGUUGUGGGGUACACAGGGGGGGACCACCCAGUCAUUCUUGAUGAAGGGACACUUUCAGUCAAUACUCUAAUUUGAAAAUUAUUGACCACUGCACGGAAUUAAAUGAACAAUAAUGAUGUGCCUUUUCUCACUUAUAAACUUCUCGACUGGAAACCCGCCCCUUAAGCAUGUUUCGGUUAUUAUAUUGGAACAGAAAACUGUAAAUAACAACAUUAAAACAGAAUUAGAAUGUUACAAGACUAAAAGCUACCAUUUGAAAAGAGGAGGCAGGAGCAGUGGAAACCAGGGGGAUCAGUAAACACCAGUGUUGGAAAGAUGAACAGGUUGUUAAGAAUGCUCACACAUCCGAUCAUGAGGUUUGUAAAUUAGCGCACAAUGGGCUAUAUUUUCCCAGUAAACAGGUAGGAGUCCUGGGCUGGGGGACAGGGAGAUAGCAGAUACAGCACUGUGUUAACCUCCUGACAUGAUUCCCCAGGGGAUAUGUCCCUGGGACAACUGUGAACCGGGAGGUGGAUAGUUAGUCUAUUAGUCUAGCAAAGGCUCCACCUUGAGGCUAUGCUAGCCCACCUCGCUCCAUCAUCACUGCCUCCUGGCAGAUGUCCAUCAGAAUGACAGAGCUGUGUUCCCCAUUAGUGGGGCCUGCAGGGUAAUGAUAGACUGUAGCCCCUAGCGAGUUUUGAGAAGAUUUGUAGCUCAGGUUGAGGUUCUGGAUGUGAGUUUGCUCGCUGAGCUGGAAGGUUCGUUUUUAGACAUUUUGUCACCAUUCUAGGUAACAUCAUCAGUGAGCCUCCGGUGAAGCGCUGGUGUUAUGGCCCGCUUUCUAUUUAUGUGUUUAGGUUUCCUUGGGUUGGUGAUGUCAUUUCCUAUUCUUUUUCUCAGAAGGUGGUAGAUGGGCUCCAAAUCAAUGUGUUUGUUGAUGGAGUUCCGGUUGGAAUGCCAUGCUUCUAGGAAUUCUCGUGCGUGUCUCUGUUUGGCUUGUCCUAGGAUGGAUGUGUUGUCCCAAUCAAAGUGGUAUCCUUCCUCAUCUGUUUGUAAGCAUACUAGUGAUGGUGGAUCAUGUCUUUUUGUGGCUAGUUGAUGUUUACGUAUCCUGGUGGCUAGCUUUCUGCCUGUUUGUCCAAUGUAGUGUAGUGGACAAACAGACUGUAGCCCCAUCCACGAAUAGAUCUGCAGAGGGGUGCUCACCUGCCCGGACACCUCUCCUGGUGGCCGGACAUUGCUGAGGUUCCUCUAAUUGGAUCUCCAGCGUGGAGAACCUGGCAACCACCUGUUAUGGGAUGCCUAGUGUGGAGGUAUCCAGUUACGGGGCUGUCUCUGGGGGUUUGGGUAGGAUUGGUGACAAUCCCAAUGAUCUGGCUCCACAGGCUGCUUUCUCAGCAUCAUAGAUUUCCUUCUGAUCUCUGUGGUGUGUGUGUGGUGGAGAUUGGUCUGAUUUCUGAUGCAAUAAGUGUUUUACGUCUUUCUGAGCUUGGACAGUGCUGUGAGUGUUUCAGACACCUUCAUGCUUGGAUAGGGACGACCUGACAUUCAGGAGAACCUUGCAGAGGUAAUGCUACUUCCCACAACUCAAAUGUUUACAGGAGCUGGGACCAAGAUCCCUCGACCAAUGGAUUCACUGUGUUCCUGAAGGUCACCCAGUCAGUGCAGUGAAAGUCUGGUUUUGCUUUAAGUUCCUCUGAGUGUUUUCUUCAUGAGUGCCCACGUCAACUUUGAGACACUGAGAUACAUCUUCACCUUUAUGCCUUUGGGGCCAUCAAGGGGGAUGGAUCUUGAGCUUUAGCUUUAAAAUAUUACAGUGAUUGGUCCAUCACUCAGGCCCACAUUUGGCUGACAUUACACAUUCUUUCUCAGGAUGAUACUGUUGACGAGAUGCUCAUGUACAGAAUAAUGGGAGUUCAUCCAAGACAUUGUGAUCCAAGAGGCAAAUGACAGUUGGUUAACAGCUCACCUCCAGCAAGAAGAGAUAAUUUCUGUUACCUCACUUAUUGUGAUCGCCCCUUUUCAUGCCUGAUGAUAGCCCAACCAUCCCAUUGAAGUCGUUGAGAAUGAUUAACUUGUCUGACUUUGCCACAUUAUCAACCACGGAACAGAGGUCACCUCUGAACUUAUCCUUGACACAAACGAUCACGAACACCCAUGAGAAGGAAAGCCAACUUUCUGUUGAGAUGGCUGUUGCCAAUGAAGCACACACCAGCCUCCCAGCUAUCAGACAGGAUACUGAGGAGAACUUCCUUCAUCUCCUUUGAUUGCAACCCAAGAACGCCAUCACUAAAGAGGACUGGGUUUAAAGUUUCAUCUAUGAAGCACCACACACCCCCAUUCCCCCCAGUACAAUCAGUCCUCAUUUAAAGUUGUAAUUGCAUUCCUGCCAACAUGACUUUAAGUGAUAAUGGGAACUGCAGAUGCUGGAGAAUCCGAGAUAACAAAGUGUGGAGCUGGAUGAACACAUCAGGCCAAGCAGCAUCUCAGGAGCACAAAAGCAGACGUUUCGGGCCUAGACCCUUCAUCAGAAAAGGGGGAUGGAGAGAGGGAACUGGAAUAAAUGGGGAGAGAGGGGGAGGUGGACCGAAGAUGGAGAGUAAAGAAGAUAGGUGGAGAGGAGAGUAUAGGUGGGGAGGUAGGGAGGGGAUAGGUCAGUCCAGGGAAGACGGACAGGUCAAGGAGGCGGGAUGAGGUUAGUAGGUAGCAAAUGGAGGUGCGGCUUGAGGUGGGAGGAAGAGAUGGGUGAAAGGAAGAACAGGUUAGGGAAGCGAGGACAGGCUGGGCUGGUU